AUGGGGCAGGGAAUGCUCAUCUGCUUCUACCUGGGUCCAACCACAGACGUGCAUUCUGGAAACUCCCCAAACCCAGAUUCUCUGCCACCAAGCCAAGAUUUUGGGUUCCUUGCAAAGCCCUGCCUGGAAUCCUGCUGGCAGGCUUUUCUUGGUGCAAGGAACCCCUGUUCAGACCCAAAGACUUGUACUUUGUGUAUGCUAUUCGUGACCCUUCACUUUACACGGCCCAAAUGAGAGCUAGGGCAACCAAUCGUAUCUGGACCCCCACUAUACACCUCCCUUCCAGCGCGGCCCCUUUAAGUGCCACCCUACUAAUCGCCGCUGGGGGCAGCACUGAGCAGCCAGGCCAGGAUCAGAGCUGCUGCCUCCAACCUUCUGCCGGUACCGGCUAUAUAGCGGGGCCAGGUACACACCGGAACCGACUUGGGUUAUGCAGUCUACCUGGGCUCAGCUCGUGGAGAAAUAACCAGGCUGCAUGGACUGUGAGGUUUCUCCUGCAGGUACUUCUAACACAGAUAUGGAUCCAGCACCAGAAGCCCUGACCAAGACCUGCAGCCAGGGCUGCUCCAUCCCCUAUGCCCCAGGUAAGCCGGACCAGUACGUGGGGUGGGGUGGAGGUAAAGGGCUUGGGGUGCAGAGGAGGCUGCCCUGACCGGUAUCUCCUCCCAGGGCAAAAUCCCCGAAAGGCCGAGUGACUGGAGCUGCCAGCCUGGGGACGUCUUUUAAGAUGACCCGCACGGACCCGCCGGACUUGCUGGUGUCGACCGUGUACCAGGACAUCAAAGUGGUGGCCCCAGGGCUUACGUCCAAACGCCAGCCAUGUGAGCGAUCCGUGACCCGGCCAGCUGCGCCCGCGCCUUUCAACAAGCGCCACUGCCGUAGUUUCGACUUCUUAGAGGCACUGGACGAGCCCACCAUGGAGACGCACCCAGAGCCGCCACCUCCGGAGCCCGCACCACCGCGUGCCCGGCCCCGAGACAGCGAGUCUCGGCGCCGCACCCGUUCCAAGAGCGCACCCCGUGCGCCCCAUGGCCUGGCGCCUGCUCCAGCUUCACCGCCGGUACUGCAGCGCAGAGGCCGGGAGGCCCAGCGCUCGGUGAGGUUGGAGGGGUCCCCGCACCGGGAGCCCUCGUACCCUGCGCUGCGGGCUCUUGCCAAUGAGCUGCACCCCAUUAAGCUCCAGCCACAACGGGGCGGCCCCGGACGCAUCGCGCCUCUGUGCGCCACCCCAGGCCGUUGUGCGCCGCCGUCCGAACCACCCACAGGACCUGUCCCCCACGUCCGCUGCCGUUUGGACAUCAAGCCGGACGAGGCAGUGCUGCAGCACGCCGCCCGAAGCUCGCGAGCUUGCGCGCCCAGCGAGGGGACGCCCUGGGCUCGCACUGCUCCUCCACAAUUCCAUGGCCUCACAGUUCCAGGGCCCCGGCAUGUGGCCCUGUCACGUACUCCCACCCCUAGUGACUUAUACUGUACCGACCCCAGAGCAGUGUACUGCGACGGGCCGCUGCCUGGGCCCCGUGACUACUUGGAGCACCGCAGUCAAGCCUUCACAACGCCCCCAGGUCCCACCCAAUUUUUCUACACCGAGGAACCUGAGGGCUACGCAGGCAGUUUUACCGCAAGCCCAGGCCUCCCCUUUGAUGGCUACUGCUCCAGGCCCUACUUGACCGAAGAACCCCCCAGACCCAGUCCAAGGCGUGUGGGCGGCUACUAUGCUGGGGAAGUACGCACCUUUCCGAUCCAGGAGCCCCCCUCCCGCUCCUACUACGGGGAGACACCUCGAGCCUACGGCAUGCCUUUCGUCCCCCGGUAUGUCCCAGAAGAGCCCCGGGCACACCCCAGUGCCCGCACCUUCUACACAGAGGACUAUGGGAGGUUCCGUGAACGCGACGCAAUGGCUCGGACUUACCCGCAUCCGCGCAGCAGCCCAGCCUGGGCUGAUUGGGGUCCGAGGCCUUACCGCACCCUUCAGGUGGUGCCUCCUCCCGCCCCUGGACCACUGUUGGCCUCGUGGCAUGGUGGCACCGGCACAAGCCCGCCUCGGCUGGUGACAGAUAGCCGCCACUACUCUCGAUCCUGGGACAACAUCCUGGCUCCUGGUCCUCGCCGUGAAGACCCUUUAGGACGCGGCCGCAGCUAUGAGAACCUGCUGGGACGCGAGGUUCGGGAUACACGGGGUUCAUCCCCUGAAGGCCGGCGUCCACCAGUCGUCGUGAACCUGUCCACCUCACCCAGACGCUAUGCAGCACUGUCGCUGUCCGAGACGUCACUCACAGAAAAGGGCCGUGGUGGAGAAAGCCUGGGCCGCAACUGGUACAUCACGCCAGAGAUCACCAUCACCGACAACGACCUGCGCUCAGUAGAGCGCCCGACUGCUAGGGGCUGGGAAUUGCCUGGAGGCCGACCGCGGCAGCCCGCACCCACGGUCCCCGAGGGACCUGCUUCCAGCCGCCAGCGCAGCCUCGAGCAGCUGGACGAGCUCAUCACCGACCUGGUCAUCGACUCACGGCCACCGGGCCAGGCACCGGAGCCUGCCGCCGAAGGUUUAGGUCGCCAACUGCGCCGCCUGCUGGACUCACGGCCUGUGGGCCCUGGAGGAGCAAAGGCGCUGGCGCCGUCGCGCUCGCCCCCAGCCUCGGCUGGCAGCAAUGAAUUGGAGCCCACCGGCUCCGGGGAGGCAGCCGACGCUUCCCCGGAGCCCAGCGCAGACGAGGACGACUUGAUGACCUGCUCCAACGCGCGCUGUCGGCGGACGGAGACCAUGUUCAAUGCCUGCCUCUACUUCAAGUCAUGCCACAGCUGCUAUACCUACUACUGCUCGCGUCUGUGCCGCCGAGAGGACUGGGAUGCGCACAAAGCGCGUUGCGUGUAUGGCCGCGUGGGCAGCGUGUGCCGCCACGUGCUGCAGUUCUGCCGCGACAGCAGCCCAGUGCAUCGCGCCUUCUCGCGCAUAGCGCGCGUCGGAUUCCUGUCGCGCGGCCGGGGCGUGCUGUUCUUGGGCUUCCCAAGCCCGGGCUCUGCCGACAACUUCCUACGCUUCGGCCUGGAAGGGCUACUGCUAUCGCCCACCUACCUAUCACUGCGUGAGCUGGCUACACAUGCGGCGCCCCUGGGUAGCUAUGCACGAGAGCUGGCGGCUGCCGGGAGGCUCUAUGAGCCCGCGGAGUGCUUCCUGCUUAGUGUGUCGGUGGCCGUAGGCCCCGGCGCUGCACCUUCCGGAACCGCUGCCCGGCCAGCACCGCGCAGCCCUGGGCCCACCGUGCGCAAGUUCGCCAAGGUGGCCCUGGCCGCCGGCAGCCCGACGCGGCCUCCUCCUGCGCGUGGUGGAGAGCCAGACAUGGAAACGCUGAUCCUAACGCCACCUCCAGGCACUGCGGGCCUGGACCAGGAGGGUGAGGCCGGCCGGCGCGCACGUGAAGUGGCCUUCAUCCACAUCCAGCGUGAACUGCGACUGCGCGGCGUCUUCCUCCGCCAUGAGUUCCCACGGGUCUACGAGCAGCUCUGCGAGUUCGUAGAGGCUAACAGGCGCUUCACGCCCACCACCAUCUAUCCCACGGAUCGGCGCACUGGCCGCCCCUUCAUGUGCAUGAUCAUGGCUGCUUCCGAGCCACGAGCACUCGACUGGGUAGCCAGUGCCAAUCUGCUAGACGACAUCAUGUGAGCUAGACGACAUCAUGGGACUGUUAGGCCCAGGCCCUGACCAGAGCCCUGCCUGAUCCAUCAAGACCCCAGAAUCUGAACCACCUGGCUCAGCGCCCCGCCAAGUCCCCCGGAGCCUCCCUUAGUCUUCUACAAAUUCUCUGCCCUGAGAGCCCCGCCCACUCCAAACCUCUAACUUUGCCUAGGAGCCCACCCCCGCCCCACCCCCGCCGUCCUGUUUCCCAUCAGCUGCUUCUUUUCCUUCCUAUUCUCAGCGAGACCACCCAGAUCCCACAUCCUGGGCUCUCCCCCAGUCAGCCAGGGAGAGGGGGCUCCCCAAGAGCCCGGUCCUCGCCCUCGGUGCUCCCCGCUGGGAGGUGGGGUGGGCCUGAGGACCGCUGGGCUCUGCCUUCUAGUGGAAGGUUACUACUACAUACAUCCCAUGGGGACAAACUUGAUACACAUCGUGGGUGCUUGCUAUAGCUCCCGAACCCUAGAUUCAUCCCCUUUCCUCCUAGUCCAGAAGUUCAUGUUGACCAAAGCCUAAUGUAAUGUAAGCACUCCCCUAACUUUUCUCCUGUGUCUGGGGGGUGUCAGGCUCAGAGGCCUAGUCCUUGUGCAUCCCUAUGCUGUUGAGGCAAUGGGCAGGGCCGCACACACA